AUGGAGAACACACUGGUAGACGGAUCGACAACGAAUCAGAAGAAGAAACACAACCUUGAUCAAUUAUCCCUUCAGAGCGCUGACAACCCCAACUCUAUCAUCUGUUCCACGAUUCUAAUAGGUAACAACUACUUUGGCUGGUGCAAAGCGAUCAAGUUAGCUUUAUUGGCAAAAAAUAAGUUAGGGUUUUUAGAUGGAUCGUGUCCAAAGCCAACUGAUCCGGUUGACGCUAAACAAUGGAAGAUCGUAGAUGCUAUGGUUCGAUCUUGGAUUUUGAACUCGAUCUCUGAAGAACUGAAAGAUAAUUUCCUAGAAAUUUUCAUAGGAAACUACACUACACUAAACCUCUGGGUUGAAAUCAAAAGGAUUUGUGAAGGACAAAGAAGAUAUGGAAUCAAGAAGAAGAUGAGCAGCAUCAAACAGGGUUCUUUAACUUUAGAAAGGUACUAUUCUAAAUUUAAAAUGUUAUUGGAAGAGCUCAGGGGUCUUAAACCCCUAGCCUGUAGUAAGAAAGAACAACCAAGUCUCGAUGCUAUUGAGGUUGGCCAACAAGUGAUUAUUGAUGAUGAAGAAGAGAGGCUGCUGGAGUUCCUUGUAGGUCUAAAUGAUAGUCAUGCGCAUGUUAUAGAUUAUAUUUUAAUUAUGGAUCCAUUUCCUAGCAUCGAAAAUGCCUUUAAGCUUCUUCUUAUAAACGUGGAAGCCAGAAGGGAGGCUACCAUUAAACUAGCUCCUACUGCUAGCUUCUCUACAAGCAAAACUGGAGGAGUUGAGUAUAUAUAUUCUUUCAAAAAUGCAAGAUGUGCAGAUUGUAACAUGAUAGGGCAUUUUGAAGGGGGGUGCUUUAGUAUUACUGGCUACCCGGAAUGGUGGAAUCAAAUGGAUCAAAACGAGAAAAAUAAAUACUUCACAAAUGCAGCCAUCACACCUCAUGAUGAAGAAAGCAGGCCUAAACUCUCAUUCGCUGAUUUCAUUUCCAAAACAUCCAUGAAGAAUAUGAAAGGCUUAAAGGAACAUGGAGGAAGCAGCUCCAACUUUAACUCAGGUGAUUUUUCUCAUUGA